UCGAACAUGGGGAAGCGGAAACACAGCACUGACAGCGAGGAUGAAAGCGACGAUUCUUGUAAGCGAUUAAAGAAGGCUGUUCGAUUUGGCGAAGUCACGAUCUAUCAUUUUCCGAGAAAGCAGGGAUUUGUUUCCGUGCCCUCGUCUGGAGGUUCCACGCUAGGAAUGGCCAGAAAACAUGUCUGGAUCGAGAAAAUAUGCGUCGAUUUUGAACUGGACGCGGCGGCGACCAGAACAGAGCGAAAGCCUUUUGCGCCGGUGGCACAGAAAGCCAGGAAAACUAUUCUUAAAACGGCUGGCGUUCGAAGAAUUCUUAAGAAAGAGGAACAAGAUUGCGCUCAGCUGAGACUCUCUCGAGUAAUAUGCGGCUGUAGCUGUGGGGAUGUUUGUUAUCCUCAGACAUGCGAGUGUAUUUUGAGUGGAAUCGGCUGUCAAGUCGAUUAUGGACGAUUUCCUUGCUCGUGCCAACCAAAUGGGUGUCAAAACAGCCAUGGACGAAAACAAUAUAACCCCGGUGUUGUCGAGAGACAUUAUUUUGAAACGUUUGCCCGAAUAAAUGGACAGAGAGGGGCUACAACUGUUCUUCAGUACGUGGGUGUUGUGUAGUAAACUGAAUCUUUUUUUUUUCUGAAACAGUACAUUGUAUCUUGUGCCAACGAUAGAGCGACAUUUUUAAAGAAUUUCUCAAGUGGUCUAAGAAUAGCGAUCACUGCGGUUUUGUUUGGGCACAUCUUAUUGUUUUCGUCGCUUUUGUUGUCGAGCAAGCCCUUUGAAAAUAUUUAUGAAUAAUAUAUGUAAAUGAGCAUAAUUGUAUAAAUAUUAAAUGAGAAAUCGUUCGUUACGACAAAUUGUACAGCAGGCAAAUAAAAUUAUAACUAUGAUAGUGUA